CGCCUCUCUUUGCGUCUCUCUGCUGGCCUGAAACGGUCCCGGAGCCCUCAGACUGGACGAUGCGGGUUGCGUUUCUCCGGCUGGCCGCAGCGCUGGCCCUGUUUGCCGCAGUGUGCGGGUCUCGGGCGGAGGUGAUCGAUGACAUCCUGAGCAGCCUCUCCCGCGGAGUGUCCUUCCUGGAGCGCCAGCACGAGCACAUCAACUUGGACGGAGUGGUCGGGUUCGUCAUGCUGCAGGCCGAACUGAAGGAGGCAGUUCGGACGUGGCCUCACACCGACCCGGUCAGCUGGGCUCAGAGAACCACCGCCGUCGCUCUGGUCAGACGUCUCGACCAAAGCCUCGAGAAGGCCAACGCCGCCCUGAGACAGAACGACCCCAAAUACUACAGAGAGUUCGAGCCCCUGUUGUCGUGGAGUUUCUGGCUGAUUCCUCGGGAAUGGUGCUCCACAGAUCCCAGCCUGGUUUAUCCCUCCACCAUGACCACCGAGUGUUAUGACGAGCAGCUCAGUGACAAAUGUCUGACCCUGCUGCUGGGAACCUGGAAGAUGAACGGGACGCCGUGCAUCGUCACCAAGCCCUGCCGGGACACCAUGACUCGUUUUGGGUGUCCGCACUACUCUCUGUCCCACCAGCUGCUCUACUUCAUGAUCGGAAAAAUGAAAGGCUGCACUAACCUGCUGAAAGGUGACACACGAGCAUCCAGAGCCAACAUGACCGAGCAGAACUACCAGAGGAUCUUCUGCUCCAACAUGAUGAAGACCAACCAGGACAUCAUCAAAGACGGUCUGACUGAACAGACAGUAGACAUCUUCAUUGAAAACAUCCUGAUUUGUGGAUUGUCUGGAUUCUCUGACUUCCACAAAGCCGACUGGCUGCAGCACAUCCUGAGGCUGCAGGACGAGGAAGUGGGCUGCUUCGGGAGAGACAAGAGCAUCAUCUCACAGAUCAUUGGAGAUGAGCUGCUGGAACAGCUGCAGCCUCACAGGAGAGUGAAGAGGAGGGAGAAGAUACUUCCAGAUGGCUGUUCCAGUCACAUGACAGCGGUGGCAGUCGGUGCUCUGGGAGGAUACCUGAACUAUUACCUGACAGAACAGGACAUUACGAAGAGGCCGCUCUCCUGAACCCCAGGAGGGGCGUUCACACGAGACAAACACUGUAGUUCAUCAGGUAGAGACUUUCCUCAUCGAUGAAAUGAGACCGAUUCUCCACACAACACGAUGCUUUAUGAACAUAGUCUUAAGAUGAUGAAAACUCCUAAUAAAAACCUGGGAUGUGGCUGCGUGGCACAAAAUGGAAACAAGUUUUUUUGGUCAUGUGGGAUUCUGUGAAUAUAACUGUAAAGCUGAUUUUUUUACCUUUAUGUAUAAAUAAUAAACCACAAACAAGCAGUUUGAAAGUAGUGAUACUCCAAUCCUACAAACGACGACAGGUCAGAAACGCUCUCUCUCUGAUGUAGUUACAUUUAAACCACGGUCAUUCAUUUUCUGAGUAAAAUGAGAAUGUUUAGGAGGAUGAUAUUUAAAUUUAUGAGAGUGCUGGUCCCCAAUAUUUUCUGGCAUGCCCAGGGGUUAAAGUGGGCCAGAACGAUCCUGAAAGGCUCCACGCCACCUGCAGUUAAUGAGUGAUUAAGUCUGAUAGGCAGUUUUUAAUAUCAAGUGAGUUCAGUUAUUAAUGCUGCAGCGCUGCUUUGCUUCCAGCUGCUCCCACCUCAACCAAUCAGAAGGUAAAGUGACCACAUGACUGCCUGCACACUCUGCACAGUUCCUUCCAUCCACGUCAUAAUUCACAUAUGUGGAUUUCAAUAAGCUUCAGCAUUUAGCUAAGACUGCAGGAGGGGACUGAGCAUCAGAGUCAGUGCUUUCUGAAAGUCUGUUUACAGUGUUGAAGUCCCACAAUGAUGGGGGCCAUGGGGGGGCCCAAAAGUUUUCAGCUGAGAGCGCAGCAUGCACAGCUUCAUGAGGCUGCUCCAGAAAGCUCCAAAAAGUGCACUUACCGCAGUUUUUCUGAGUCAUUUCAGAUGUUUCAAACACCUCGACAAAUAUCCUCAAAUUGUUUCUGAGCAGUUUGGUUCACAACCCAGAGGCAGGGUACACCUGUACAGGUCGCCAGCCUGUCGCAGGGCUAACAGAGAGAAAGACAACCAUUCACACUCACUUUCACACCUAUGGGCAAUUUAUAUUCACCAGUUAACCUAACCC